AUGAAGCUCAUCCAACUAUCAUCAGUUCUUCAUUUCACUGCUCUCAGCUCGGCUUUGACUCUUCCGUUAAACCGUCGCUCCCCCUGCGAAGAGGAAACGUCCCACAAUGCUCCCCUCCUUGCAACUCUAGGCGGCAGCGUCUUCGACGUUGACGUGACUAUUGGGGCUGACAACCAGACCUUUAAGCUGCUCGUCGACACAGGGAGCAGUGAUACAUAUAUUAUGCAGGACGGCUUUACUUGUAUUAACGCCACUGAUAAUCAGAUCAUCGCCCCAGAAGACUGCAAGUAUGGUCCAGAAACAUACCAUGUCUCGUCAAGCUACGAGCAAGUCCCCGACCAAAACUUUGGAAUCGAAUACGGUGCCGGCUUAGCCAGUGGUGUCAUGGCCUACGAGACUAUCACUAUAGCGGAUGUUACCGUGCGUACAAAGCUUGCAUUUGCCGACCGCUCUCACCCGAUGGGCGACGGGGUGAACAACGGACUCCUCGGUCUAGGCUACCCCAGCUUGACCUCGGCUCAUCCGGGCACUUUCACCCCCAAUGACACCUACUUCUAUAACCGGGCCGUGUACAACCCCGUCGUCAACGAAAUGUACGAGCAGGGCUUGAUAGAAGAGCCGUACUUCAGUAUCGCGUUGGCUCACACCGCACGCGACAGUACCGGAGCGUUUGGCGGCUAUAUCAGCCUUGGCGAACUCCCACCAGUGGAACUGACGAGUGAAUUUACCACCGUCCCUGUGGAAAUCAUGGAAAACAUCCCAAUAAAUAUUACCUCCGACAAGCGACAGAUCUCCUACUGGGCUUUCACUACCCCGGCCGUCAAAUACGGGCCAGCGGAAGAAGAAGAGGAUGCCCUCGUAGUCGAUCACACCCCCUUUCAGCUCUUUAUCGACACCGGAAACGAAUUCUCUAUUCUCCCUACUGCGGUUGUAGACCCGGUUAAUACACGGUUCGAGCCUCCUGCGGUGUACAACGAUGAGCUGAAGGCUUACAUUGUUGACUGUGGGGCCAAGCCACCUGUGUUUGGUGUGGUUGUGGGAAACCAGACCUUCUACCAUGCUCCGGAAGAUCUCAUCUACGAUACUGGAAACGGAUAUUGCGUCUCUACCUUGGUCCCCUCGGAGAAGAAUGGAAGGCCCGUCCUUGUGAUCAAUAUUCUGGGAGUUCCUUUCUUCAAGAACCUUGUUGCCGUGUUCGAUUUCGGAAAGGAUGAGAUGCGGUUUGCUCGGGUCUCGAACGGAUAUUUUCUUUAA